CAGGAAAGAAACACUCAAAACUCAUCUGAACACACAUCGAGAGCUUCAGAAGAACUGAAUCUACUGACAACAGAGAAGAUCAUUUAAUAAGAGAGAAGAAUGAAGAUCAUCUUGACUUUCACUCUGCUGAUGAUUCCUGAGGAAGUGGGCGUCUCCGUCACAUUCAGCACUUCAUGUUAAACUUGUAACCAGGAAAGAAACACUCAAAACUCAUCUGAACACACAUCGAGAGCUUCAGAAGAACUGAAUCUACUGACAACAGAGAAGAUCAUUUAAUAAGAGAGAAGAAUGAAGAUCAUCUUGACUUUCACUCUGCUGAUGAUUCCUGGAGUCGUGAGCUCCAUCAGUGUGACGGGAUAUUCAGGAGGAGGAGUCACGAUCAAAUGCAAAUAUGAUGAAGGAUAUACAGCAAAUAAAAAGUAUUUUUGUAAAGGACAGUGGUCAGACUGCACAGACCAAAUCAAGACUGAUGAGAAAUAUAAAUGGGUUCAUUCUGGAAGAUUCUCUCUGUAUGACGACACAAGAUCAGCAGUCUUCACUGUGACCAUCAGAGAUCUGAGAGAACAGGAUUCUGACACGUACUGGUGUGGAACUGAUAUAUAUGCAAAAAAAGAUUUAUACACUGAAGUGAAUCUGAAGGUUAUAAGAGAUCAACCAAUCAGGAGUGUGAGAGGAUAUUCAGGAGGAAACGUUAUUAUAAACUACAAAUAUGAGAUGAAACACAAGAACCAUGUGAAAUAUUUCUGUAAAACUGGAGGUCAAUGUUUUACUGUAAUAAUCACUAACAGAGCAGCAGGAUGGGAACAGGACAGACGAUUCUCCGUUCAUGAUGACAGAUCUGCAGGUCUCUUACGUGUGUUUAUCAGAGAUCUGAAUGAGAACGACUCUGGAGAAUAUCAGAUUACAGUCAAAGUUUCUGAAGAAUACGGUUUCUUCUUUGGGUUUAAUCUGAUCAUCAGAGACGAUGCUUGUUGUGUGAAGAGCAUCAGUCUAUCAGCUGCUGCAGGAGGAUCUGUGAACAUCAGCUGCAAAUACCCACAAUCCCACAUUAGUGAUGUGAAGUUUCUCUGCUGGAGAUCUGGAGCUGAUCUCUGUGCUGAAGAGACGUCUGUGAAGGAGAGCAGAAGAUGGAGUCCUGAGGGAAAGAUCCAGCUGUAUGAUGACAGAGAAGAGCAGCUCCUGACGGGAAGCAUCAGUCAUGUGACUGAACAACAUUCAGAAUACUGGUGUGGAGUUCAGUCUGAUCAAGGACACAAGAGCUUCAUCACACGAGUCCUGAUCCAUGUUACAGAGCAAACAUCAACACCAUCAUCAUCACUGUCACCAUCACCACCAUCCUCCUCCUCCUCCUCCUCCUCCUCCUCCUCCUCCUCAUCACCAUCACCAUCACCACCAUCAUCCUCAUCCUCAUCAUCAUCACCAUCAUCAUCAGUUGAAUCUCCAGCGAUCUCAUCUGUGUUUCCUGUAACAGGCUCUUCUCUGGUGGUCAGUGUGUCUGUGGUUCUGCUGCUGAUCAUCAUUGGACUCGUGAUCGUGAUCUGGACUGUCUGCAGGAGGCGUCAGUCGAACAACGCUGAUUCCUCCUCCAAAACAUCUCACGUGACACCAGCCAACAAUGAAGAGGUUUAUAAUAAUUACUGUAAUUAUGAGGAGGUUGUAGACACUCACAGACAAUUACCCACAAACCCAUCUGAUUCCUCCGACAAUAUUUACACUAAUGUUUAACAGCAGAGAUCCUCACAUAUCUUCAUCUUCAUCUUCAUCAUCUUUAUGUAAUAAUGAUGCAGAUGGUCCUGAUGAUGUUCAUCUUUAAUAACGAUCAGGAUUAGAGUCAACAUAUGCAGUUAUGAUCCUACGAUUGCUGUAAAUACAUGUUAGCGAUCGACUGUCGAUCUUUUGAAGACUUUCAGUUUGUUAUUUGCUCAAUAUACAAAACUUUCCUGCAGAAGUGAUUUAUGUU